AUGGCAAUCCGCGUCACGCUAAGCUUCUCCGGCUAUGUCGCCCAAAACCUUGCAUCCUCGGCAAAUCUCCGGGUCGGAAAUUGCCGAGGAUUUCACGAAUGCUGGGUCAGGUCUCGGGUAUUCGGAUCAAACCAAAAGCCUGAAUUCGACCCCUCCGUCCCCGUCCGCAAGUACCACCAGACCCAAUUCUCCCGUUCGAAGCCGAGCUCGCUGGCCGCUAAGACUUUGCCGUCCUUGUACACAGCCCUCGCCGAAGAGAUUCUCGGUGAGAGUUCCAAGAGCCCGAUCGUGUUGGGCUUGAUAUCGCUUCUGAAGUCAACGGCUUUCGUUGCGGGUGUCUCUUCAGCUCCGUCUGCUAUGGGUAUUUCUCCGUUCAAACCCGGUUCGAUCAUGCCUUUUUUACAGGUCUCCAAGUGGCUUCCCUGCAACGAGUCUGUUCCGGUGUCUAUACUGAAGGAAGUGGACAAAGGCGGAACCUUGUGUGUGGAUGAGAUCGCUGAGAUCCCGCGGUUGACUAAAAAAGAAUUGGGGAGGAGCGGUUUCUUAUCGCGCUUGUUGAAUUCUUGCUCGGAGGACGCUAAGGCUGUGUUCACUGCUGUCACUGUUAGUGUCUUGUUUAAGUCCUUCUUGGCCGAGCCCAGAUCGAUUCCCUCCACUUCUAUGUACCCUACUCUGGAUGUGGGAGAUCGCGUUUUAGCCGAGAAGGUUUCAUAUUUCUUUAAGAAGCCUGAGGUUUCAGAUAUAGUAAUUUUCAAGGCACCUCCAAUCUUACAGGAAAUUGGUUAUAGCUCGGGCGAUGUAUUCAUUAAAAGAAUUGUGGCUAAGGCUGGAGAUUGUGUUGAGGUUCGCAAUGGAAAAUUGCUGGUAAAUGGUCUUGUUCAAGAUGAACAUUACAUAUUAGAGCCGCUUGCUUAUGAAAUGGAUCCAGUGCUCAUUCCAGAAGGCUAUGUCUUUGUAAUGGGAGAUAAUCGGAACAAUAGUUUUGACUCUCAUAACUGGGGUCCACUUCCUGUCAAAAACAUUCUUGGCAGAUCAGUAUUUCGCUAUUGGCCUCCCUCCAAAGUAUCCGACACCACGUUUGAACCACAAGUAGCAGACAGUGCUGUUGCAAUUUCUUGA